AUGCAAGAAGAUAAAGAUUCAUUCUUCACGAAACAAUACGACAGUUGGGAACAGUUUGAAGAACAAUUUAUAAUCUGGUGCAAUCAUUACCAUCAGUCAGUAAAUAUUAAACGUUCAUCAAAGAAGUAUAAUGAAAAACUAAUGAAGGAAUUAUUUGAUCGUUUUCGUUACGAACAUGUGAAGUAUGUUUGUCAUCACAGUGGUCCUGUUAGAAGAAAUAUAAAAGAUGAAUCAAGACCAAAUCAAGAGUCAGCACGAAUGGAUUGA